AUUUUGCGCGCCGCGCCGCGCCCCCCCUUCCCCUUCCUCCUCGCGCGCGCGCCCACCUCCUUUUACAAAUACUCCCUUCCCGGUUCGGCUCCUACUCUCCUCCAAAUCUCCAGUCUUCUCCAGUUCCCACCCCGCGCCCCAAAUCCAGAUCCACCCACCGCCCACCACCCCGCCGCCAACGCGGACGCCGCCUCCUCCGGCUGCACUCGUCGCGCCAUCCUCAGGUGCUUGGACUCCGCGAAUCUGUAGGAUCAGUAGAGUAGACCGGUGUCUGAGCACGGAUUGGAUAGAGGAAUGCGCUGUUUGUUCCUAGAGUAGCAGCUACAAGAUCCGAACCCUCCCGUGAUGGAAAGCGGCGCCAUGGUUCCCGGCGUUGCUCUCCCUGAAGAGGCCCCUGACCGCAACGGCGCCGGGCCACGGGACGAUUUGGGCCAAUCACAGAUGCAGGUCGAUGGUCCCGUUGUUCUCAACCAAUCCGCUGAGCUCGGGUCGGGUGAUUCGAUGGCCGUCGAUGACGCCCCGGUUCAAGCACAAUCAGGCCAGCCGGUGGCGGCAACACAGCAGUCUCCUACGCUGGCGGACACCAUUAUGGAGGUGCAGAAGCAGCUGAAGCGGAAGAGGGCUUCUAAUAGCCCAGUGAUUGCUUCCGCGGAUAAGGACGCUCUCGUUGCUAGAUGCCGGCAGGAGCUCGAGGGCCUCUUCCAGUUUUACAAGGAGGUUUGUGACCGCAAGAUGCAGCUUGACGGCGGGAACCUGUCCGUCAACGGGAUGGUUGGCUGCUUGCUUGAGGAGAGCAGUCUUGGGCUGACCAAGUUGGUGGACGAGAUAUAUGAAAAGUUGAGGGGAUUGGAGGGUGUCUCUGUGGCUUCAGUCCGUAGCUCUGUGCUGCUCGCUGGGCAGAGGAUGAUGUACGGGAAAUCUUCCCCUGACGCUGAUGUGUUAGAAGAUGAAUCAGAGUCGGCUCUUUGGUGCUGGGAGAUAAGAGACCUGAGAUUGUUGCCUGUCAAAGCACGCAGCAUUCUGAGUACACGGAGGUCUGUCAGAAAGAAAAUCCAUGAGAGAAUCACUGCUAUCUAUUCAACUUUGUCGGUUCUUGAAAACUCAGGAGCUUACGUCCAAGUAAAUGAUCUAAAGAAAGCAUCAUUAAAAUUAAACAAAUCCCUGAACCUGGAAGGGAUCAGAUCAAUGGUGGAAAAAGUGACACAAAAGAACACUGAACGGGGUGUGAAAGAUGCUGGCUCAGCUGUUAAGGAAUUGACGCAAGAACCAGAGAAAAAUGACCAAAAUGUUAGAAGACUUGAGGAUACUAGUGUCUCUGAACUGCAAAAUGGAAACUUGCCUGCUAAUGAAAAAGAGAUUCAGAAAGCACAAAAACAGGUGGAGAAGGAAAUAAAGCGCCAGGAGAAAGAAGAAGCUCAGAUGAGAAAACUGCAAAAGAAACAGCAAGAAGAGGCCCUAAGAGAACAGAAGAGACGUGAAAAGGAGGAGGCUGAAGCUAAGAAACAACAAAAGAAGCAGGAGGAGGAAGCACUGAAAGAACAGAAGCGUCGUGAAAAGGAAGAAGCUGAAAUGAAGAAACAACAGAAAAAACAGCAAGAGGAAGCUGAGAAAGAACAGAAGCGCCUUGAGAAGGAAGCUGCACAACUCAAGAAGCAACUAGCCAUUCAAAAGCAAGCUUCUAUGAUGGAACGUUUUUUCAAAAGUAAGAAAGACAGUGGAAAACUUCAAAAGCCUGGAGAGAAUAACUCAGCUGAUGAUCCAUGCAAUGAGAACAAAGAGACAGUACCAGCAACCACAUCAAAAAUUGAUUCUUCAUUGUCUCAACAAGAGAGCUGGGUUUUAGAGGAUCUUCGGAGGUUGCAGGUCACUGGUUGGAAGAAGCUAUCUAGCUACAAUAGGUCCUCCAGAUGGGGUAUAAGAUGCAAGCCCAAGAUGGAGGCAUUUAAAGAGCUGAAGCUUCAGAAAUCCUCAGAUGAUAUGGUUGAUGAAAUACUUUCCACUCCAAAUGAAGAUGGUGGCCACAAUUCAGCUCAGGAGAAUGAACAUGAUAAGCUUGAAAGUGACAUUGACAUGCUACAGGCUAGUGAGGUGCAAUGCCAUGGCACCAGUAACCCUAAACCUCUGCAAACUAGAUUAAUUAGAAAGAAGCUUCUGCAAUUUGACAAAAGUAACAGGCCAGCGUAUUAUGGAUCCUGGAGGAAGAAAAGUGCUGUUAUUGGUCCAAGGUGUCCACUUAAGAUGGAUCCUGAUCUUGACUACGAGGUUGAUAGUGAUGAUGAAUGGGAAGAGGAGGAUCCUGGUGAGAGUCUUUCUGACUGUGAGAAGGAUAAUGAUGAAGUUAUGGAAGAAGAUUCCAAAAUUACAGAUGAAGAGGAUGAAGAUAGCUUUGUUGUGCCUGAUGGCUAUCUCUCAGACAAUGAGGGUAUACAAAUUGAAAGCCUAUUGGAUGAUAAAGAUGAGGAAGCCACUAGUCCACCAACUGGUCAGUGUACAGAAGUUGAAGAGUUCAGGUCUCUACUGCGUCAACAAAGAGUCCUGAACACUUUGACUGAGCAAGCUCUCAGGAAGAGCCAACCUCUUAUUAUAUCCAACCUAAAUCAUGAAAAAGCUGAACUACUGACUGCUGAAGACCUCAAGGGAACAGCAAAGAUUGAACAGCUAUGCUUGCAAGUUCUUUCAAUGCGCAUCUGCCCAGGAGGUGCAGUUGUUGAUGUGCCUCUAACUGACACCUCAUCUGCAACUGUUGAGGAAAUUAACCAGCCCAAUGUGAAGAAUGGCUCUCCUGGGGCUGCAUCUGCUAUACCAGAAACAGACCUGCCAGAAAUUGUCCAGGUGAUACGAUCAUGUCGAGAUGGAAUCCACAAGGUGGUGGAAUUACUGCAGCACAAGUUUCCAAAUGUUCCAAAGACUCAACUGAAUCGUAAAGUGAGGGAGAUAUCUGACUUUAUUGACAAUCAUUGGAAGGUAAAGAAAGAGAUUCUUGACAAGCUAGGAUUGGAUUCGUCACCAGUGAAAUCCAAGAAGAAUAAAAGCAUAUCCACGUACUUCUCGAAGAGAUGUUUACCUCCAGAAGAGGCUGUCAAUGCUCUGGCUGCUUCUCCUGAGUUGCGGUUGAAAUCUAAAACCAAAAGUGGCACUGAAGCUCCUCAGAUCAAUCUGUUCCCCUCAAAGCAGUAGAAUUUUUAACCCAGAUGAGCAGAAAGCUCAGCGGUUCAUGUACAAAGGCUAUGGAAGUGCAACUCAGUUUUGCAUCAUCAUCGAUGGAAGAUGACCUUAGUGCAACUUUGGUUUUUGACAACAUGGAGAUCUGGAUUAUGUUUCCAGUGUUGGACAUGUUGUAACUUUAGCUCGAAAGUAGGUUUAUUCAUGAAGGAUAUUCAGUUCAAUUAUUUGGCCUUGAUGUGAUUAACAUCUGUCCUAUUGUUGACGCAAGGCAUUGUUCUGAAAUUGCCCAUCUGCAACCUGUGGUGUGUUGUGAACAUUAUGCCUCUGGCAAAUAAGCAAUGAGUCUUGUGACUGCUCAA